AUGGAAUGGUGGGUUUUCUUUCGUAGGGUCCGGAAGGUCGUCUUUGCCGUUGCUGCAAUUUCUAGCUUAGUCUGGACAAUAUUACUCUCGGUUUAUCUCGCCCGCGAAUGGGAUCAUUUUUUCGCGUUGCAACGUGGUAUCAUCUUUGGGAUGAUAGGCGUCAAUGGACUGUCCUCCGUCAUGCUUUACCUCAUGAUCGUGGUGGUGUUCAGAUUUUGGGCGGACUUGUCUCGGAUGAUAUUCUUGCUCGCGAUCCACUUAGGUAGCACUGUUCCUUACACCCACUCCACGUCCAGUUUUUCUUGUGCUAUAUUCAGUUCGCGUAGUUUCUGCGAUGAGGCGAAUAUGUUCAUCCUGGCAAACGCCUGGAUUAUUAUCGGCCUCUUUCUGUGUUAUACAGCGUUCUUGCUUGCGGUGUACCGAGUACCUCGUCCCGUGCCCAACACUGGCCUUGACCUAUUGUCAACAUCCAAGAGGAUGAGCCGGACCUCCGACAAAUCUCCUUCAUCAGCGUCAGCGACUGAACUACUGCAGGAUGAUGUUGAACAAAACGCGCGUCCAAAGAGCCCUGACUCUAUCUAUUCGCAAGUAUCGGUGAUCUCACCCCGAGCAUCAGCUUUGAGCACUGUGCCUCGUGCUAUGGAUCCUCCUUCUACAAGCCGGUUGCCUCGACCAGUGGGUUCGUACGGCGCAAUGGGUAGGCCACGCCCGAUGCCGGACACUCACGUAUUCCCUCCCAGAGUAUCAUCUCUAUCAAGCACUGGCACCUUAAGCCCAGCCCCUUCAUACAUGUCACAAUAUUCGUAUCGUCCACCCAGCAGGCUCUUUCGACAAGAAUCGGUAAUUCUGAACCCCGUUCAAACACGGCGCCGGGCUUCGCUACGUCCGUUGCUCCUCAACACGUUUGUUGAACCAUCGCGGCAUGGAACACCGGACACCGCGCUCACGUCGUCUACUUACCGCAACUCAGCGGAAAGCGAGGGGGAGUCGCCUUACACAAAGUGGUUGUCGUUCAGUUCCUCCUCGACUAGGAGCAAACAUACACGCUGCCUCUCGGAGCCCGAGCCUUCACCAUUGCCGACAUAUUAUUCGGUCCCUUUCCAGUUGCAGCCCGGCAUAUCACCUAUCGCACGUACUGGCACUAUCUCCCUGUACCCUCAUAGUGCACCACCGUCAAUUUACUAUGACGGGCUCUACAGCGCCCCCGCUGGCUCUGCCGCUAUUUUGCUCGACGUGCCGCUCCGCUCGCAAACUGCCACACCAGGUUCUCACUCCAUCCACUCUCUGACACCCAGUCUGCAUUACGCAGAACAGUGCGUGGUCGCGAAGCCGCCUUGCUCUGCUCACGUCCGAGCGGCGAGUGACCCGCUGCCGUCGCCCUAUGGGUCCAAUCUCUCUUCGCUUGACCAUGAGUCGAUGGCCGAUCUGCUGUUGCCUAACCCUCAUGAGGCGAUGGUUGCUCGAGGCAUCCGGAGAUACAGUUCUCUCGUAUCCCAGCACACCUUGCAGAGCUCGCGCGGUGCUACACCCACCACCGCCACCAGGACGCUUGCUGAUCCGGAAUGGAGGCAGCUGGUGAUGAGCGCUGCUCUUGGAGCGUGA